UGGUGUUUUUAUUUCGCGCAAGCGUACACAUCUGGAAAAGCUGUUCCGGGUAAUUUUCUCUGCAAGUACAAGUUUGUCAACAAACCUCCAAAUACAUUGAGUCUGAUAACUAAAUAAUUGAAGCGGACUGGACGAUCAUUAUUAUUCCUAUCAUAGUGCUUUAUUUUAAAGGCAAGAAAAACAAACUUUUCGUUAUAUAUAGUUGUAAUUAGCGCCAUAGUACCCAGAUAAUUUCACAAUUGCACCCGGCCGCUACACUUUCAUCUAAACAAAAUUACAGUUCAGACAUUACAAUAAAUUAAAAUUACUCAUUCGCACUCACUCUCAAUUCUGUGCAUCUGCUUUGAUGGUUUCACUCGACUUCUAAAUCAUCACAGAAUCAUGACAGAAUCACAUCUUUGACCUCUCUCAGGUUCAGUUGACUUCCACCACCUUUGCCUUUAUUAUAAAGUACAAAACGUGCAACACAACUGUUAUAACAACUUACUAAGUCAAGUUAAGAAGAAACAAGCUUGUGGGGCUGGCAUGAGGAUAACUAAUAAAUAAUAUUUGGUAAUUUACCACUUGAGCGUGGGCCAAGAAAAAAUCAAGCUGUUCCGGUUGGAAGGGCUAUUUAAACAACUAUUCUUAUAUUAUUUUUAAUGACAUUGGUUGUACUUAUUCAUUCCCAUAAUAAUAGACAAUUUUUUUUUUUUAAAAUAGAAAAACUAUAACAAUUUUUUUGAAAUAGAAGAUAAUGUGUGAAUAUGGAACUAUGCAUAGUUCUCCCCCAAGUUGACAAUGAAGUUUUAAAAAAUGCAAUUUCCACGAAAUCGGUUGUGGUACAUGAAUCCACGUAAAUAUGAAGGGGAAAUAUCACCGGCGCUUCUUGUGCAAAACUGUCUUUUCAGUUUACGCUUUCUGAGUAUUCACGUUUUCCACAUUCUGUGUGUGGACAACCGCGUCAUCUGGAUCCAAAAAAAAGUAAUAAUUGUUGUCUCCUUUUCUUCCUGCAUAUCGGUAGCUUGGCAGUAAUAAUUAUUUAAAUGUAUAAGUAUUGUGCCAUAUAACUUUAUAGCCUAUACGAAAGCAAAAAUAUUAACAGACUCCAAUGUAAGAAUAGUUGUUUAAAUAGCCCUUCCAACCGGAACAGCUGGAUUUUUUCUUGGCCGACGCUCAAGUGGUAAAUUACCUAAUAUUUACUAUUAACUGGCUGGGCCUUUGAUUAGAUCCUAGUUUUAAAUGAUUAAUGAGCAUACUGCUUUACAACUAUAAGUUGUUUUGGAAACGAUGCCUAAGGCUAAUAAGUUAAGUGUAAAUAAUAGUGCUUCUUCAAAGUGACUGUCUUGACAUUUGACAAGGUUUAAAGAUAGGGUGACCAAAUUUCCUGUGAAAACGGGAUUGUCCCUUUUUUUCACGAUCCUACUCGGUGUCCCAAAAAAGUCUAUUGGAGCGCCUAAAUGUCCCAUUUUUAAAACCAAACACAUUUUCAAAUCACUAAAACUUCCUAAUUUAUAACUUCACGUAAUAUUUUGGCUAGCUGUGUAGCCGAUGCCAGUAGGGAUUGGGCUCGUGUGAUGGCUGAAAUGUUCCUCCUCCACCACUCUGCCGACACUGCUUAAACGACAGUGUCCCUGCCAUAGAUCUUAAAUAUAUAGUGAAAGACACGAGACUUGAAGUGAAGGUAGAUUUAAAAAGAUUUCUAGGUCUCAAAAUAGUUAAAAUAAGCAUAUUUCAAUAAACAGUUUCCGGCGGAGGCCCCCGGACCCUCCUUUAGCUGAAAGGUAUCCCCCCGCCCAAACCCUCCUUGACCUUGGGUGUGUCCCGUUUUUUCCAGUUCAUGAUUUGGCCACCCUAUUCUAAGAGUCAUUUUUAAUUUAAGAAGCAGUUGAAGACGUUUUUCAGCAGGCCUAUAUUAUGUACUUUAAUGAAAGCCAUGCCAUGUAUAAACAUAAUCUCUGCCUAAGCUAAUGCUAAUGAAAAUUUAUUACUAAUGUUAAUCAUGUUACUAAAUAGUGUUAUAUUAUAUGCUACAAUAGCAUUAAGUAAUGUGUCUGUAGUAAUCAAAAAGGCAAAUAGGAAUCACUAUUCAGCACAGGAUGCAAAUUAUAGUAGAGGCCUUGUCAAUUUUUGUAGUCCUAUGACUUUAGUCCAUAGUAAUUUUUUAUAGAUAGACUAUUUAAGACUAUUUAUAACUUAUUAGUUAGUUUAGAUUUAGGUCUAUAGUAUAGGCUUACACUAUAUAUUUUUAUUUUUGACAUUGAUUGUGUAAUUUAGUUUGUAUUUUACUUUUAAUGAAUGAUAAAUUAAAUAUGUGUAACUAUCAACUAGUACACAAUUAUCACAUUUGAAAUAUUGUAGUCAGAUGCUGUGAAUGUGAAACAUCUUUAACUAAAAUGAUUUUUUCGAUUCUAUCUUUUGAAUCAUGAAAACCAUUUUAAUACCAUAGAUUUAUUAAAACAGGUUCAAGCAUUUUUCAGAGUAAAAGUCAAAGAGAAAAAGAAACUUCAAAUAAAUUUAAAGUACGUUGAUGGCCAUUGAUAUGAUUUUGUAAAAGAAAAGACAGCAAAAAAUUAAAAUACAAGCUUCACCGUUAUUGGUUUCAGGUAUAUUAUAACAUAAGUUUUCCAUUAUUUUUCUUGCACCUUCCUUUAUCUUAUCUAGAUGGAAGAAGGGCUCAUUAUUAUUGUUUCUUUUAGAUUUGUGUCUUAUGUCUUGAAUUUUUCCAAGGGAAACUGGCAGCAAUGCACUCACUCUUAGAUGUUUGCUAUGAUGGAAAUUUUUAACACUUAGUAUAAAUCUUUUGAAACUUUCCAUAGUUGACCCACAGUACGUUCAUCCGCUGUGCUAGAAAGCACGUACCAAUGCACUGUGAAUUGUUACAAUAUCAUGGUUGUUUCUUUGCUAUUUCUCGGUUGAACAUUUUAAGAGCUAUUUUUUAAUUGGACUCUUACAAAGAAGAGUGGUACGUCCAGAGGCGUAGCGAGGGGGGGGGGGCGAUGUCCCCGGGCGCCAGCUAGUUAGUGGCGCAUAAAAUGUGCUUUGAUAUUAUUUUAUUGAUCAAAAUAAUGGGCUUGAGAGUUGAAAAAAAGAAAAAGGGGCGCUUUAAAAUGGAUCUUGUCCCCGGGCGCGAAUCUUGUCCCCGGGCUCCAAACACCCUCGCUACGCCUCUGGGUACGUCAUUGUUUAUGAGCGAAACCAAGGUUUAUUUAUUGUCAUUUGAAGCAUUAUUUUAUAAAUAUUCUUCGCUUUUUUUUCCUUUAUCAAUACUGUUGCUGUGGCCCCCCCCCCCCCUUUCCCAGUUCAUAUUCUAGUUAAAUUGAAGAAAUGAUUUUACAUACAUAAAGUCUAUUGAAUUAUCUUUCAUUUCAUACUAAAUUAGGCUUAUAAAACAAACACUAAUAUUUUUAAUAUUUUUUUUUAAAACAACCUCUCCCUCUUUUUUGUUCUUUUGAUAAAAAAAAAUUUCAUUAAAAAAAUUCUACAUCGAAAGAAUUAAAAAGAAUACAUAAUGGAAUUAAUUUAGGGUCCAAUUAAUUUAAUUUAAUAUUGUCAUAAAAUUUUAAAAAAAUAAUUACAGUCUUUUAAAAAUGUAAUGGCUUAAAUAUAAUAACAAAAAUUUAAUUUCUAUUUUUCUAGGUUAAACAGGACUUUUGAAGCAUAUGAAUGAGUUUAGUCGUCACAAUGCCUGCAAUACUGUUGGAACGCCUUCCACUUCCAAGCCUUCACACCUACAUCUCAUUUUCUGUCCUCAUUCUUGCCCUGGCCUCAUUCUAUGCUCAUCAAACGGUUAACGCAAAACUGAACUUUGACCCCCAAACACAGAUAGAAGAAGAACUAGGUCUGCCACCGGAGCUGGCUAACAUCACGCUUCCAUAUGCACAGGAUCAACAUUUCCUUAAUAUGGUGUAUAUUAUGAGGGUAGAGACUUGGUGUAUAUGGGUAAGUUUAAAUGAAAUAAAAGCUGUUUCCACAAUUAAAUAUCGUUCAACGCACAUCUCACUAAUGAUACGGUAUGAUUUAAUAUAGCCAGUGACAAUGAAAUUAUUUGUUCAAUAAACAUAUCUAGUCUUUGUUAUAAAAUUAGUUACAUUAUUUUCUGGAGAAAAAAAAACAACAUUUGUUCCUCUUCAAAUUUCCAUUUCUUGUGGAUUAAAUAUUUAACUUUAAAAAUCAAAAUGAAAUUUUUUUAAUGCUCUUUUGAAGACUCUGGUCAACAGCUGUUACUGCCUGCUUAUUUUGUUGGGUAAACUAAUACAGAAUGUCAUAUUUGGUGAACUCAGAGUUAGUGAGAAACAGGUAAGAUGUGUACUUUGCCUGGUCUCAGCAAAUUUUAUUAAAACCAACAGGUUUUUAUCAAUAGUUAAUAGUUUUAUCAAUAGUUUAUAGUUUUAUCAAUAUUUAUAGUUUUAAUAGUUAAACACCUUUAGUUGAUUUUUAAUGCAAUUUCAGAAUUUUAUAUGUUUCAAAAUUGACCUUCAUUUUACUAAUGAUAUUUUUCAAAUGAUUUGUUUUAAGAUAAAAAAACAACUUGAUCUCUCUCUCUCUCUCUUUCAGCAUUUAAAAGACAAAUUCUGGAAUUUCAUUUUCUACAAAUUUAUCUUCAUCUUUGGAGUGAUGAACGUGCAGAGCAUGGAUGAGGUUGUUCUGUGGGUUGCUUGGUUCUCAGGGCUGGGAUUCCUCCACCUUCUCACACAGUUGUCAAAAGACAGGUUUGAAUAUGUAAGCGAUACUUUGUCCAAACUUAGCUUAUCUCCACACUCAGAACAUUCAAGCACUAAAAAGGCUUGUAAAAUUUAUUCUGCAUUGUUUCGUACCGUUAUAUGGUUUUGAAAUUUUAUAAGGGUCUGGGAAUUAAGAUACUUUUAAAAAUAAUUGUGCAAAUCUUUUUUUUUUCAAACUUAAGGACAAAUUAGCAGUAAGGACAAAAUGUGAUAAAUCUUUAAAACUUUAUACCAAGCACUUGAUGUAUGCUUUUUGACAGGUGGCUUUAUGUUAUUUAUUCCAGCUGUCUUUCUCGCCUGCCACGCCCCGGUCAGCCCACGUCAAACUGUUGUCAUUGCUGCUCAUCAUCCUGGUCCUGUGUGCAGUGCUGUUAACAGGUUGUGUCUGGGUUGGGAUCAAUAUCAGCUUUACUAUUUUUGCAUUCCUGGCUGCAGAGGUGGGUAAUAGCUUACCAUUAUUGGGUCAGACCUAUUACAGUUUAUAUAGCACAGAUAGUGUCUGGGUCAGCAUCAAUAUCAGCUUUAUUAUUUUUUGCAUUUCUGACUGCCGAGGUGGGUAGUAGAUUGAUUACAAUUAUUUGGCAAUCCCAUUACACUUUGUAUGGCACAUGUAGUAAAUGAGACUUGUAUCCACAUGUACAGGAUAAUAUAGGUUGCAUUUAAAAAUGGCAAAGGCUUCAUAAUUUCAAGAGACAGGAACGAAUGCAGCAAAUACUUUUAUUUCAAAUAUCUAGAUUUUAUUAUAAUAGAUAUAUCAAUAUAUUGAUGUGAACUAAGAAAGGGAUUCUGUACAUCAAAAAUGUGUUGAACUAUUGCCGAUUUAAAUCGAUGCUUUCAGAUGAUAUUAUUGUGGAAUAAAGUUAAUAAACUGUACCGGUACUGACUUUUCAUUAAAAUAUCAAGAAAACUGCUUUGAAAAUAACAUGUUGUUUUUUUUUAAAUGUCUGAAAACUUGAUUAUUUUUUCAACUAUAUUUUUUAACUUUUAAAAAAAUGGUAGUUCCAUUUUUAAAUAUCAUUUAAAAUGAGAUUUUCUUGUUAAUUUUAGUAGUUUUAGAAAAUUAGUGAUAGAGUUGGAAUCACUAUGAUUAUUCACUAAACAACACUGUCAUGUUUUUCUCUUUGCAGAGCCUCUUAUUAAUGCUGAAAUGUUUGUAUGUCGUUGUUAGGUAAGCAUCUAUCGGUAUAAAUAUUUUUGAGCGUUUGAAACUGAAAUAGCUUCAUGCAUUAUAUAAAAAAAGAAAUAAAGCUACUAUACUCUUGAUUUAUAGAAUCUAGCAUAGUGUUACACAGUAUCAUCAUCAAGCUAAGAUUAUCAUUGGUCUUGUUUUGAAAAUUUACACAUAAUAAGCCUCAGAUUUAUUCCUUGUGUUGUUAUUUUAUUUUUGUUCUAAUGGAAAAUGAGAAUCUGAAUUGACUUUGUCUUGAUGAAUAAAGCAAGAAAAUAUGUUUCCCAACUUGUUUUUAGACCUGUGCCUUAUAACUUUUAAUAUGAUAUAUUGAAUAUUCGAGUCAUAGGCUAGGAAUGAACAACUUUAUUAUUAUGAUUUUAAAACCUCUAUUACAUUUAUACAGAUGGUUAUCCUUGUUGCGGUGACCAAUUAAUGUCUUGACAGUCUAAACUUAUUUUGACAGAAUCCCUAAUAGUGUUUUACAUGCUGAAGAUCAAUCUUCAGAUAUGUUCAAAAACUGCAAUAAUUUUGUUACCAGAUAUAUCCUUCAGCUGUGGGACAUGAGCCUAGAAGGUGUUUGGGAAGCUAGGGCCAUAUAUGUGUAUUACACGGAGCUGGUAUUUGAGCUUGUGGCACUCAGUGUUGACUUUGGCCAUCACCUGCAUAUGCUGGUAAGUGUUUCACAUACAUUUCAAUGCAUGUAAAAACCUGCUGCAGAUUUUAUCCUGGACUCACCCAACAUAGUAUUUUUUCUUACUGUGCUGUGUUUAUAAUAAGUGGUCGAAUACAAUAGUCUGACUUACACGAAUUUUCAUGCAAUACUUUUAACUUUAAUAACUAACACAAUUAAACAAUUAGAAAAAAAUAAAAUUAAAAAAAUUAAGCAACCGUUUACUGAUGAAAUUUAUUUUACUUUGUUUUGACUUUAUAAAAUAUUGUGUGGCUUGGUUGAAUGACUUAAGCGGUUAGUUUUGGAAUAAAAAUGGCAUGUAAACAGUGCUUUAUUUUAUAUAGUAAUACUAUAAACUAAUACUUGUAUCUAAAUAUAUUUAAAAAUAUAUCAAGUAAAUGAACUUGGCAAUAGGUGCAAUAUCAGAAAUAAUGCUCAGUUUAUGUUUUUUAUUUACCAACCCUUAAAUAAUUUAGACAAAUAAUUCCAAAAGCAAUAAUUGAAAGAAGAGAGAUUGAAGUAAUAAUAAAAAAAACAUUGACUUUUUAACAGGACUAAGUGAGUAGGUCAAAGGUAUAAUUAAGUUAAAUUGAGUUAAAUAGAUAAGUUAAUAAUUGUAAACUAUGUCAUGUUGAUGCAGCUUUACAUCAAAGUUUUUUGUACAUCCCCAGUUACACGGCAACAUCUUUCUGAGCAUGGCCAGCCUAGUGAUAUGUAUGCAGCUUCGGUUCUUGUUUUAUGAGUUCCAGAGACGCAUAAGGAGACAUAAGAAUUAUUUAAAGGUGGUGAAAGAAAUGGAAUCCAAGUGAGCUUUUUUUUAAAAAAACUAACUUUUCUGUUCUGAACAGGGGUGGGGUGCUGUUAUUGUGUGUUCAAUUUCAUCUUUGAUUAUUAUAAGAGGCAGAUUAGUAUGUUAAGUUUCAUUGUUUAUUUAUCUUCUGUAUAGAUAAAUUAUUGUAUGUGCGUUUGUUUAAAUACUUAUACAGUCUUUGUAAGCAAUAUGGAAAUGUUAUCAUUAUAUAAAAGAAACAAUAAGCGUAAAAAAAAAAUUAGGUUUAAUGCUGGAGGGAUAAGUAGUGGAGUAUUUCUUACUUAAGUAUUGCAAUUACUUAACUGGACGUUCCCAUAAAUAGAAUGAGUAAAAUUUGAAAUCUAAAAUUUUUUAAAUGUUAAAUUUUUCACAGAACUCAGUUUAGGGAUUACAUUUUAAAGGGGGAAAAAAAAAGCAAUGAAAAAAAAAAGAAAUUGACUGACAUACAUUAUAGGCAAUAUCUUAAGACUGACAUACACUAAAGGCAAUCACCUUAGACUGAAAGAUUUUAAAGACUAUCACUUUGGACCGACAUGUUACCAGCAAUCACUUUGGACUGACAUGUUACAGGCAAUCUUUUUGGACUGAUAUGUUACAGGCAAUCACUUUGGACUAACAUAUGUUACAGGCAAUCACUUUGGACUGACAUACGUUACAGGCAAUCACUUUGGACUGAGAGACAUUAUAGGCAAUCACUUUGGACUGACAUAUUACAGACAAUCACUUUGGACUGAUAUACUUUACAGGCAAUCACUUUGAACUAUUAACCUUAAAGAUUUUAUUACAUUUAAAAUAAUAUUUUACAAUUACUCAUAUUCUUUUUACAGGUAAAUGCUAAGAAGUUACAUAAAAAUCAUGCUUAAAUGUUACUUAUUAUUAGGUUCUCCAUGGCUACCCAAGAGGACCUGGAACAGAAUGCUGAUGACUGUGCCAUCUGCUGGGAGAAAAUGGAAUCGGCUCGGAAACUACCCUGUGGUCAUCUCUUUCAUAAGUAAUAAAACAUCUCUUGAUAUAAUUGUGUGCAUGCGUAAACCAAAUUUCAUUAGCAUGGACUUAACGUGCAGUAUGAUUUUCCAUCUUUUAACACCUCAAGGUAUCGAACUAUUUCAACUUCCAGAGUAGUUAAGUUUCUCAUAAAUGUACAUCCUAUUAUUAUAUAGUACAAAUAUUUGAUCAUUCUGAAGCAGGGGUGGCCAACCCAAAUGGCUUCUCAGGCCAAUUUAAUAGCGAGUAAAAUAAAAUGUUCGCAUGCUGCAUGAAUCGGCACCUUAUAUUAAAAUAAACACCCACUAAAUGCUGUAUAGAAAUGUUUAUAUAUUCUUAAUGCACAUGAUGGAAUGCUAAAUAACAAAACAGAAUGAACCUAAACUGAUGUGAAAUCAAGUUAGCUUUUCUCCCACUUAAGUUGUUAAAACGAUUUCUAUGUAAAUUGAAUUAAGAACGAAUAAGUUCAUUUAUAUUAUUUAUAUUAUAUUUAUAAAUUAAGCAUCCACAUUCCACUACUGACGAGGUAGCGGCAUGCGGGUUAGCCACUCCUGCUCUCAAGCAUGUAUUAAACUGAGCAAAUCUCAUCAUCGUAAAUAAAGAUUAAUCUGAAAAUUCUGUGCAGGUGAUAUGUAUAAUUUAUUAAGUUAUGAAAAAAAUUUCAUGUUUUUAAUAUCAGUUCCUGUCUUCGAUCCUGGCUUGAACAAGAUUCUUCAUGCCCAACUUGUCGUACAACUCUGAGUGAAUCCAAUGAAGGCAGAAAUGCUGGACCAACUGGUCCCACUGCUAACAUAGCUGAUGCCAUAGUUGCACCCCCCAAUCCAGCAACAACAAAUCACUUCUUUCUCUUUGAUGGUAGUAUUUUUUUUUCUGCUUGUUUCUGCCAACUUCAGAUUUUUCUUUAUCAUCACCUAUACCAGGAAUGUUAAUUCUACCUUUACACCCCCCCCCCCAAAAAAAAAAAACAACGUUUUAACAAAGUAAUAAACAUCAGUAAGAUUUGUAACCCUGGAAAAUCAUUAUCUAAUUAAUAUAAAAUUAACAAUAUUUUUUUCUAAAUAUAUAAAAUCACAAAGUUGUUUUUGUGCGUAAAAUGUUUUUAAAAAUGUAUCUUUUCAAGAUCAUUAUUUAAAUAUUAUUCAUUUAUAGUAAUUAUAGUGUCUAAUCAUUUGUUUUAUUCUCUCAUUGUUUCUAAUAUUAAAAAAUUUAAUGCAGGAUCUCGUUAUGUGAGCUGGUUGCCUAGCUUUUCUGUUGAAGUGACCCACACAAAUCUCUUACCAGGACAACAAGCACAUGCUACUCAAACAUCCCAGCUGGACAAUAUGGUACAGCAAUACGUUCUAAAGAAAAUUAUUAGCACUAGAACUUUAACUUACAUGGUCUGUAAACAGAAUUGAAUGUAAACUAAAAUAUAAUAUCAUUUUUUUUAAAAAUGAAAAAGAAAAUGAAAUCCCUUUGUUUUGUAUCAGUGAUAGCAUAAAUACAGUGUAUGAAAAGAAAUUAAAUGACACAUUAAAUUUGCAUGUAACCUCACAUUACUUAGAACUGCCAGUCUUCUCUUAUUCGUUUGAUAUGUAAUUAAGCUACAUUUUCUAGGAUGUAAAAUGUAUGCCUAUUUACAGUUAAUGUUGAAAGCUUGUGAAUAUAAAUUUUUUUAUUUUGCGCUCACUUAAAGAAAAUCUGUAUUUCUUAUAUUGAUUUUAUUCAUGCUCCCUACAGGCAAGAGAGGUUCAGGUAGUGUUUCCAAACAUUCCACAGUCUGUUAUCAUGGAAGACCUACGUCAGACACGGUCCGUUGAUCUUACAAUUGACAACAUUUUGGAAGGAAGAGUAACGGCCCCACCUGUGAGCAAAAGAUGUAUUUAUCUUAUGAACUAACUGUCUAAUGUUAUUUAUUUUAUUUUAACAAAUUUAAAUAUGACGUAGGACACAAGGAAAAUUCUUUGUGUGUUGAUUCUCAUCAAAAGGAUGGGGAAAACUUAAGUGAAAUACAUCCUAGUUGUGUCAGAUAACCAUUAAAGUUUGAAUCAAUUUUUUUUGUUAUUCAUCAAUAUGAUGAUGAACUUUUUCAAUUUAAUUACUUAAGAUUUAAUACUAUGUGAGGGUAACUCAGAAACUGACAUAGUAAACUGCAAGUUAUGUUGAUAUUUGAAUGUCUUUAGCUAAUUUAUUUAUAUCACUUCACUUGUUAAGCGAAAGGAAUUGAAAAAUGUGGAAAUGCUGAAUGGCCAGUUUCAGUCCAGAUAUUUAAUGUGAUCUCAAGCUUUCAAUUUCCUGAUGAAUUCACCAUUCACCAAUAUUUUUUUUCAUUUCUUCCAUAGCUCCCUAUUACUGCAGGACACCAGAGGAAUGACAGUCACGGCAGUCUCAGUGGCUCAUCAACUACAUCUGAGGUAAGAAACUUAGAGGAAACUUCAUGUUUUUUCCUGAUCCUACAUACACAAGUUGUUUUGUGCUUUGUGUUAUCUGAUGUGUCAACACUGUUGGAAUAACCUGAUGUAUCAACACUGCUUGAAUGCCUUGGUGAAAUAACCUGAUGUAUCAACUCUGUGUGCCGACACUGUUGGAAUAAACUUAUAUCCAUCUCUUGUACAGGUUUUGUUUGGUACAGAAAUUGAUUCACCAAGACAAGGUAAUCCUCCGCAGACCAACUCACAGUCACUAGAACUGGAUCUAUCCAAAGCUAGGCCACAGCAAACACUGUCAGUAUAAUCUGUGUGGUUCAUUACACUGUCCCUGUUCUGUCAUCAUGUCUAUUUAUUGUUUGGAAGUUUUACUUUUUAUUUAAAAAUUGAUUUACAAAAUAUCUUUCUUGAGCAAUUUUCAACUGGUGUGUCGAAAGAUUUUGAUAUAAAGGAAUUAAGAAUAAAGAUUGAUCUUUUGUGAAAAGUCAGUUAUUUAUGCAUAUUAUCUUAAUACUGUCUUGCCAACUUGGUUUGAGAUUCCUAUUAGUAUUAGCUGGUCAGCUGUGGGCUGUCUUGCCAACUUAGUUUGAGAUUCCAAAUAGUGUGUCUGGUGGGGCCUGUCAUGCUAUCUUAUAAUUAUAAGACUCCAAAUUUCUGAUCUUGUGGGGCCUGUCUUGCCAACUUUAUCUGAGAGUCUAUUUAGUGUGUCUGGUGGGGCCUGUCCUGCCAAAGUAGUUAGAGGUUCCAAAUAGUGUGUCUGGUGGGUCUGCCUUGCCAACUGAGUUUGAGAUUCUAACUAACUGUAUUGCAUAAAAACCUUUUACUACAGUUAGUCAACUAUUUUACUCUGUGAGAAAAUUAUAUUCCAUUUCACUUGUCUAUGAUUGAAAAUCAUGGAAUCAGUAGAUGAAAGUAUAUGCAAUGUCCUUAUAUACACAAAGAAAAACAUUCAUUAUUGUUUGUUAACACAGAGAAAGUGGGCCAUCCAGCACAGGUCCAUCAAGUACAGCUUUAGGCGGUCGAUUUUCAAAGUCAGCCUCUGAGAGAAUGACUAUGCUCGAAAGUAGAAAACAUGUGAUGUUGGAACAAGCAAGAAAGUAAGUUUGAAUACACCCAACUAUUCAUUGUCAUUGUCCAAGGUAAAAAGGUAAAAAAUAAUAUUUGGACAUGGUUGUGUUGUUUCAGUUUCGAAUGUGAUCAAGUGUUUAAAAAAUAAUUGUGCAGGACAAUCUGUAGUACCGUUUUUUUUUUUGUAGCAUCCAUGACAAACCCAAACACAAUUCCACAUUAUUCUUAUUUGCCUUCUAAACUAACACUGGAGCAUAUCCAAUUAACAAUACCUGUCCGCACUUUCUUGCAAUCCUUUCUCAUCAGUUGUACAUUCUCUAAUCGUUAUUAUCUGUUCCAGAAAAUAUCAAGAUAAACAGGAUAAACUUACAUCUGCCAGCAUCUCAUCAAUAGAUAAUGAAUUAGAGUGGGACUCCAACCUCUCAGAUGACGCUGAUAGAUCCCUGGAUUCUGAAAGCUCUUCUGUCAGUAAGGACAACGUUUUGGAAAUGGAUGACGAGCAGGCUAAAAGAAGAGCCCUCCUUCUCAAAGCCACCCAGCGUCGGCUAGGGUCACAGAUAGACUGAAUCAUAUAUUCAACAAAGCCAACUCUAGUCCAGAUUAAUAAUCGUAAUCAUUGCUCUUAAAGUCAAGGGAUGUCGAUACAGGAAAAAGUGGUUGUUGCUCAUCAAGCUCAGCCUGGCAAAUUGAUCCUUUGCUGAUUUUCGUGCAUUGAAAGAUGAGCUUUUAAAAAGCAACAAAACAAAAAAUGAAUGAGAAAAAUUGUUAUGGUACCGGGUAUGAGAAAUUAUUUUAAUUAAACAAACAGGCUACAUAAAAUAGCUGCUUUAUUAUGUGGAAUUUAUUGAUGGGUCAUGUAUAGUUGAAUAAACAUGAAUAACAUCAAAGAGUAAACACGAAUCACACCUAAGAAAAACAUGAAUCACAUUAAACUACUGGUAUUUCUUUUGUCAAGGUUUGUCAAAUAUUUAUCACAUUUUUUGUUUGUUUGUUUAUUUAGUCAAGAUAUUAUAAAGCAAGUUUCAAAAACACAGUUUAACACUUUGGUCUUAACAGCAGGUCUGAUAUUAAAUAUUGUUAAAAUUAUAAGGGCAGUUAACUAGCAGUUUUUUUUUGUUUCAUGUAAUCCAAGGUAAAUAAAUGCUAUAAAACAGAAAUAUUACCUGAGCUAGGUUACAGGAUGAGACACGCUGAAAAAACAACUGCUAACUAGACAGCCAAUGGAUUAUAGCAGUCAUUGGAGAAUGGUGGCCUCAUGAUUGAUAGACUACUUAACCUUUACAAAGAUUUGUCUGCUAAACACAUAACCACUUGAUGCGUUGAUGGUCAAGCUAGUGAAGGACCUGUAUAGCCUGGUCUUAAUUGUCCUGUCUAGUAAAUGACCAAGAUAGUAUGGGGUGUUAGUUGAUGACCUGGCUAGUGAAUGACCGAGAGAGUUUGUGGUGUAGUCUGAGGUGAUAGUUGAUGGCCUGGCUAGUGAAUCACCGAGUGAGUUUGUGGUGUAGUCUGAGGUGUUAGUUGAUGGCCUGGCUAGUGAAUCACCGAAUGAGUUUGUGGUGUAGUCUGAGGUGUUAGGUGAUGGUCUGGUGAUUGAAUGACCAGGAGAGUUUGUGGUGUAGUCUGAGGUGUUAGUUGAUGGCCUGACUAGUGAAUGACCAGGAGAGUUUGUGGUGUAAAGGAAAAGUCAGUUGUAAAAGGUGUGUUUAUUUUUAAACUUAUCUCUCAUUUCUUUCUCUAAUAAAUAAUUGAAAACUGAAUCCAUUUUCUUUCCAACAUGCUUGUUAAAAUGUUCUGUGAUCUUGAAUUAUUUUUUUUUCUCCAAUUCUCUGAUGGAAUUUAACACCAAAAUUUAUUCUUCCUAUUAUAUUAUAUACUUCCAUUAAAAAUUGCUCAUGAUUUUACAUGUUUGUUAUCCCAUUGGUUACGCAAAAUUUUAUUUUCAUAAAGACCCCAGUCUUUAAGUAGACGCAGGCUGACCUAUGCUGUACUCACUUAAUGUAAACAAAUAGUUGCCGUUUCACUCAUGCCUAUUUCAAAGUAUUUUAAUCUCAAUGUUAUAGGCCCGAGUGAAACUGGUUGUGUUGUGGCUUCGACACUGAUCAAUUUAAGCUUACAUGUUACCUGAUGUGUACAUUCAAGGGAUGAAAUGAAGAGACACACCAGUAAUCCUUAUUUAAAGUAUUCACGGAUAACAACGCUUUUUUGGAUUCACUCAUCUUUUCCGACGAUGUUUGCAUGACCUACUAUUUGACUUUAUGUUAAAAUACAAAUUGUUUUGUGAUUUAUUAAUUAAUUGGCAACAGGAUUUGUUACUGUCUUCGGUCACAGGAAAUGUAAUGAUACAUUUCUUUAAAAAAUUUCGUUAUCUGUUUGUCACUCUAACAAAACGUGCAAUCUGUUUGUUUUUUUUUGUUAGACUGAUAUGUGCAUCUCUGUUACAAUGAAGAUUGUAACUAAUUUCAUAUAAAAAUUAAUUGGUAGCCCCUACAGUAGAGAGUAACUUUAUUUAAAGUUGGACAUUUUUUAAAAAAUGUUAUUACAGGUAUAAUUUUUUUUUAAAGGACUAUAUUUAUAGACUAUACAGGUAUAGAGUCAAUAACCUACUAGUAUAGUCCUUUUUUUUUUAAAUUCUUUUUUUAACAAGUAUUUAGUUUCACAUUUUUAAGCGUUUACCAUAUUUUUUAGAAGUUGAUAGAUGCAUCAACUUUCAGUUACUUUAGAUUUUUAUGUAAAUAUCAUUUAAACUUAAACAAAAAUAAAUAUUCUUAAAAUAGAAUUAAAAAGAAAAAAAAAUAUUAAAAAAUAAAUUCUUAUGUUUAUGGUUUGAUUGUAUUUCAUUGCAAUAAUUGUGUGUACAGCUGCUUGGGUAGUCGAGCCAUGGAAUGGAAAAUUAUAUCUGCUUAUGUCAGUUUACUUUAUCACUUAGUCUGUGGUGACAUCAUCAGUCUUUGAGGGCCACAUGGCGAUGUUUGAGGAACCACUCCAAAACUUGAUUUUUUACAUACAAGUACAUGAAUUGCAUAUGAUGAUUACAUUUCUUUCAUUGGUGCACAUUGUACAUCAUCUCAUACAUACAUGGAAAAUAAUUUGUUGGUCAUUAUUUGUACCCCUAUACUAAAUUUGAUACACCCUUAACGUUGAAGUUUUAUAUUCCUCUUUUUGAAGGCACAAAGACUGUUGCAACAUUUUUCUUUUCAAACUGCUGGCUCUUUGAUGAGUGUGGUACCUGAUCAGUGUUGUUGUUCUUGAUUCUCAAUAUUUUGUGAGAUUUCUCCUUCUAUGUUAUUUCAGCUGUUUCAGACAAAAAGCGAUGUCACUUGUCCUCAUAGACUUAUUCAUUUUUACAUGAAACUCAUGAAAUAGUAAAAAAGGAAAAAAAAAUUAGACCUCUCAUUUACAGUAGAAGAGAUUGGGUCCAACAACAUAAAUGUGAUUAAAGAAAAAGAAAAAAAUAUUUGGGAAUUUAACUGCCAAGCGACAUUGUUAAAGUUUUUAUAAAGGCUUUAUCGAAACAUUUUGAUUUUUCAAAUAAUUAACUUAGAUAGAAUUAAGAAUGCAUACAAAAAUUUUUUAUGAAUUAAAAUGUUGGAGCUAACAAAAUCUGACUUUGCAAUUGCUGAUACUGUAUCAUUCAAUGUCACAAUUUUUUUAGCACUUAAGUUGUCAGUCAAUGUCAUCAUAUUUUUUAACUGCUGUCAGCAUCUCCCUUACAUUCUCACAACAUGUUAAUAGUUGUUUUUAUAUGUCUACAAAAACAUUCUUGGGUUGGUGUUGUUUUUUUUUUUCAAUGCGAGAAUAAACGUACUUUUUUAAAAAAUUUGUCUGCUCUGAAUGUCAUGACAUUUUAUGACCAAACUCUGCAUAAUAAUAAGCUUGAGAAGUCUAGCAGAAGCAUUCAUUCCAGGAACAGAGGCAAGCCAGUUACUGGAAGUCUCAUGUCAUGUGAUAUAUUCUGUUUCAGUUGAGGUGCUUAUGUUCUCUAACAACUGAAGUUGUUAACUCUUCCAACAAUUGUAAUUACAUAAUUUUGAAAAAGUUUCAAUAAGUUAAUUUUUUUUUUUAACUAGGUAAAAGUAAAAUUUGCCAUUUAUACUUUGUGGUAUACAGUUUCCUUUUUUUUUCCCUCUCCCCAUUGGCAACUCAAUACUUUUUCCCUUUCCCCAUUGGUAAAUUUUCCCUUUCCCCAUUGGCAAACUCAAUACAUUUUCCCUCUCUCCCAUUGGCAACUUAAUACAUUCUCUUUCCCCAGUGGCAUCUCUAUAAAUUAUCCCUUUCCAAAUAGGCAAAUUUUCCCUAUUGGCAACUCAAUACAUUUUACCUUUCCCCAUUGGCAAAUUUUCCCUUUCCCUAAUGGCAACUCAAUACAUUUUCCCUUUCCCCAUGGGCAAAUUUUACCUUUCCCCAUUGGCACCUCUAUACAUUUUCUCUUUCCCCAUUGGCAAAUUUUACCUUUCCCUACUGGCAACUCAAUACAUUUUCCCUUUCCCCAUUGGCAAAUUUUCCCUUUCCCUAAUGGCAACUCAAUACAUUUUCCCUUUCCCCAUUGGUAACUCAAUACAUUUUCCCUCUCGCCCAUUGGCAACUUAAUACAUUUUCCCUCUUCCGAUUGGCACCUCAAUACAUUUUCCCUUUCCCCUUUGGCACCUCUAUACAUUUUCCCUUUCCCCAUUGGCAACUCAAAACAUUUUCCCUCUUCUGAUCGGUAUCUCUAUAACUGUUUCCCUCUCCCGAUUUUCUUUUCAGAUAACCCAUUGCUUCAUAUGAAUGUGCUUACUUCACCUCCUUACCUAAUUGUUUGAGGGUUUUUUAGUCAUCCUAUCUAACACUAACUCAUGGCCUACCUAACACCAACCUAUGGCCUAUCUAACACCAACCUAUGACCUUUUGAUGAGAACCUUUUGAACACUAUAUUCUAUCAUUGUUGCUUUUUUUUUAAAUUUCUAGGGGGAGCAGUGAUUAAAAUUUUUUUUAAAAUAGAGAUUUCCUUAUUUUUCUGAAUUUCUUGUCUUUUUUUUAAAUUUAUAUCUGGUAAUAGAAAAUGUGUAAAACAAUCUGGGGAAUUAAGUGUAACAUCAAAACUAAAACAGUUCAGUAAGCAUUGCUAUAAUGACUGAUUUCAAUUAUAACGGCAACUGAUAAAAUUUCUACCAUUCUUAAAAUCAUGCAUACAAAUUCAUCUAUUAAUCUGACAAAACUCUUCAUCCCUCUGGUUGUAGGUAAUUUAUUAAUGGCCCCUUUUUACAGUUUUUCAUUAGGCCUUCAUGCUCUUUGUCAACUUGCACAAACUUAACAUUGUUGCCAGAUUUUGACAUCAAAGCAAACGAGAACUUUACACAAAAAAAAUUCUAUAAUUGAUGACACAUUUUUAAUGCAUCUCAACCCCUACUCCUUAAACUAACCCAAAGGGAAGUGCACCUGUUUCACGCAGAAAAGCUUAAGACUCCAAAUAAAUCCCUUGAAAAAUAAGCAAAUUAUGUAACUGAUCUAUUGAAAAUUGAGGGUUAGAAAAAUAUUUUAUUUACGAGCAGGAGCAUUGAGAUUUGAUUUCACCCUAACUUGAACUUGGCCAUGACGAUAUGAACCUUCUUGGAACAAAUGUUUUUUGGUUUUUUUUUUAAAUGUAGCCUAACUAUUUUAUACUAGUAGACACCCUAAAGAAGGUAAAAUAAUAGAAUUUAAUGGUUAAGUUGUUUUAUGCCAUGAUGCUGCUUGUCUAUUUGGUCUAUCUGAUUCACUGUGUCAGGUACCCGGUACUCCAUGUACUUAGGUGUACAGUAGGCUAUGUGGUUUUUUUUUAUACAUGCAUGUCACUGUGUACAUGAACACAUUUUAAUUAUGAUUUGGUCUCUGUGCACACAAUUUUAAAAUUGACCCUAUGAUUGCUUAUUAAUUUUAAUGUUCGAUUUUAAUACAAACAUAUUCAAAGACUGGUGUGAGAAAUGAUCACGUUUUCAAGAUAUGUGAUUUAUUCAAAAUGAAAUUGGAAAUGAUUCCAUAAUGACUGUUAUGAUAUAAAUAAACAUUUACUGAAUGAGGA